AUGAAGAGCAGGAACAGAAACUUAGCCGCCCUGAGUUUGAUGAUAAUUACGGUUUUGUCAUGGACAAAGAUUGUGGCUGGACAAGAAGCAUUAUUAGGAAAAAAAGUAUUGCCGUUGUGCCACAGAGAAUGUAUGCCAAUAUGCAUGAAAGUGACAGAAGCUACGCAAGAGAUUUGUGAAGGGGCAUGCCAAGCUGGUUGUGUCCAGCUUCAAGGUCGAGGAACCGGACUUUCAGCCACUGAUCAAGGAGUCGAUAUGGUCAUUGCAUAG